GGCUUAAACGUGAGCUUUACUAUACAGCCGCUCAAUUCAUGGCUAUAAAGACCAGUCUUAAACAAAACGUUCAAGGCGAAGGUUGUGAAUUUUUGGUUGCUGUUGGAAGAAAAAUACAGCUGAGUAGAUAAAAUAACACUAUAUAAUUAACAUAAAAAGACAAGAAUGGAAGGCAAAACUGUUAUAAUUACUGGUGCCAACAGUGGUAUUGGCAAAGAAACCGCUCGUGAUUUGGCUAAACGCGGAGCCCGCAUCAUUAUGGCCUGCAGAAAUCUUGAAACUGCCAAUGCUGUCAGAGAUGAAAUUGCCAAGGAAACGGCCAACAACAAAUUGGUGGUUAAAAAACUGGAUUUGGGUAGCUUUCAGUCGGUGCGCGAAUUCGCUGCUGAUAUUGUAAAGACUGAGAGUAAAAUUGAUGUUCUUAUUCACAAUGCCGGUAUGGCCUUGGCUUUCCGUGGACAGACCAGUGUGGAUGGCAUUGAAUUGACCAUGGCCACAAAUCAUUUCGGUCCUUUUCUGUUGACACAUUUAUUGAUCGACCUUUUGAAGAAGAGUGCUCCAGCUCGUAUUGUAAUUGUUGCCUCUGAGUUGUAUCGUUUGGCAUCGGUCAAUGAAAACAACUUGAACCCAAUUGGCACAUUCCCCGCUGCCUAUUUGUAUUAUGUGUCCAAGUAUGCCAACAUUUUCUUUGCCCGCGAAUUGUCGAAACGCUUAGCCGGCACUGGUGUAACUGUUAACUUCCUACAUCCCGGUAUGAUUGAUUCCGGUAUCUGGCGUAAUAUUCCAUUCCCCUUGAACUUGCCCAUGAAGGCUAUUACCAAGGGCUUCUUCAAGACACCCAAGGGCGGUGCCCAAACCACCAUCUACUUGGCCACAUCCGACGAAGUUGCCAAUGUUACUGGUAAAUAUUUCAUGGAUUGCAAAGAAGCUACAUUAAACCCAGCUGCUAUGGAUGUAGAAAAGGGUAUUCGUAUUUGGAACGAAUCCGUGAAAAUUGUCAAAUUGACUCCCCAAGAUCCUAAAAUUUAAAUUAGACAUUACAUUGCAAAACCUAGUGACUGGUAAUUUUUCAUUUAUAUUAGUUUGUUUUUCUUUCAAACUUCAUUCAUAUCUAAGUACGUUUGGUAUCUAUUUGAUUAUGUACUAUAAGUUCACAUUUUAAUUUUUGUAAUAAAAUAAAAAGAGAAA